AACGAUGAGUGGACGAGGAAAAACAGGCGGAAAAGCGAGAGCAAAGGCGAAGAGUCGCUCAUCUAGGGCUGGACUACAGUUUCCUGUCGGUCGUGUCCAUAGAUUGCUGCGUAAAGGCAACUAUGCUGAACGCGUUGGUGCUGGCGCUCCAGUUUACUUAGCUGCGGUGCUGGAGUACUUAACAGCCGAAAUCCUGGAGCUGGCGGGUAAUGCGGCUCGUGAUAACAAGAAAACCCGCAUUAUUCCUCGCCAUUUGCAGCUCGCUGUCCGUAAUGAUGAAGAGCUCAACAAACUACUGGGUGGUGUGACUAUCGCUCAGGGUGGUGUGUUGCCCAACAUCCAAGCGGUUCUUCUGCCUAAAAAGACCGAGAAGGCAAAGUAAAAACGCCUCUUGGCGAUUAGAACAAAGGCUCUUUUAAGAGCCAACCACGCGUCUAAGGGGCUGAAUUUUCUAUAAUUGAAUAUAUCGCUUUAUUUCUUCAUCUGGGAAGAAACUAGCAUUUCAAGUCUAUCUCUCCUGAGUGGGCAACAAACUACUCUUAAGGUGAAUGAAUAUCUCUCCUAAGCAUAGCCGGUGCGGUAUUAAUCCCGAAGUAAGGCUACACUCACAGGAAAAGACCAUCUAUUGAUCCGGCGGAACCUCUUUUUCCAGGCAGGA